CGGCCGGAGCUGGCCCCGCUCAUUCUCUUUAGUGUUUGCCCUGUACCCGCCGCUCCCUCCGCCGUCGCCCCCCGGCCCCCCCCGGGACCCGGCCCAUGGACUGAGCCGCCCGCUGGCCCGCCCCGCAGCCGGCCCGGGAGCCGCAGCCCAGGCAGCCAGGGAUUCUCCGUCAUAAAUACCCUAUUCACAACUAAAUCCAAAUCUCCCCUGACUGGAUCUUCUAAAGGUCAGCAAUUCGGUUCCGCUGCACAGAGUUUGCCUGCAUUCAAAACUGUUUACCUACAGUAACUUGGUCUGGUUGGAAGUGAACAUGUCUCAAGUUCAAAUUCAGAAUCCUGCUGCUGCCCUUGCAGGGAGCCAGAUGUUGAAUAAGAAUCCGUCUCUUUCACAGCCACUGAGUAUUCCUUCUACUACUAGUUCUUUGCCCUCUGAAAAUGCAGGUAGACCUAUCCAAAAUUCUGCUUUACCCUCUGCAUCUGUUACAUCUACCAAUGCAGCUGCAGCUCCUUCUAACAUGGCAAACCCCAAAGAGAAAACCCCAAUGUGUCUGGUAAAUGAGUUAGCCCGUUUCAAUAGAAUUCAACCCCAGUAUAAGCUUCUGAGUGAGCAAGGUCCAGCUCAUUCAAAGGUGUUUACAGUGCAGCUGACUCUCGGGGACCAGCACUGGGAAGCUGAAGGAACUAGUAUUAAAAAAGCGCAACAUGCAGCAGCUGCCAAAGCCUUGGAAGGGACAAAGUUCCCUAAACCUACAGCUCGUCCAUCUCGUAGUGAAGGCAAGAAUCCAGACAGUGUAACCCCCACAGUGGAGUUGAAUGCACUUUGCAUGAAGCUGGGGAAGAAACCUCUGUAUAAACCUAUUGAUCCUUAUACGGGGAUGAGAUCCACUUACAACUAUACAAUGAGAGGUGGUACUUAUCCUCCACGGUACUUUUACCCAUUUCCUGUUGGGCCUUUACUUUAUCAAGUUGAGCUUUCAAUUGGGGGGCAACAGUUUCAUGGGAAAGGAAGAACAAGACAAGCUGCUAAGCAUGAUGCAGCUGCUAAAGCACUGAAAGUUCUGCAGAAUGAGCCCUUGCCUGAGAAACCAGAGGUUAACGGAAAAGAACCAGAUGAUGAAAAUCUCAAUAAAUCUGAAAUAAGCCAAGUUUUUGAGAUUGCACUUAAAAGGAACUUGCCUGUGAAUUUUGAGUUUUUCCCUCUGAAACAGGUGACCAAGGAAAGUGGUCCCCCCCAUAUGAAGAGCUUUGUAACCAAGGUGUCAGUUGGAGAAUUCAUGGGUGAAGGUGAAGGAAAGAGCAAGAAGAUCUCAAAGAAAAACGCUGCAAUAGCAGUCCUAGAAGAACUGAAAAAAUUGCCGCCCCUUCCUACGGUUGAGAAAAUGAAGCCACGAAUCAAAAAGAAAACAAAAUCAAUAGUGAAGCUGCAGACAAGUCCAGAAUAUGGUCAAGGCAUGAAUCCCAUUAGCAGACUUGCCCAGAUACAGCAGGCCAAGAAAGAGAAGGAACCAGAGUACAUGCUCAUCACAGAACGCGGUCUUCCAAGACGCAGGGAAUUUGUUAUGCAGGUGAAGGUUGGUGUACACACAGCCGAAGGAAUGGGCACAAACAAAAAGGUUGCUAAACGUAAUGCAGCAGAAAAUAUGUUGGAAAUUUUAGGUUUCAAGAUCCCUCAACCUCAGCCUCCAAAACCAGCAUUAAAGACAGAAGAGAAGACACCAGUGAAGAAAACAGGUGAUGGAAGAAAAGUAACUUUCUUCGAGCCGGGCUCUGAAGAGACUUCAACUAGUAAUAAAGAAGACGAGUUUAGGAUGCCUUAUCUCAGUCAUCAGCAGCUUCCCGCUGGAAUUCUUCCCAUGGUCCCUGAGGUUGCACAAGCUGUAGGAGCCAGUCAAGGACACCACACCAAAGAAUUCAAUAGGGCAGCCCCAAAUCCUGCCAAGGCGACUGUAACAGCAAUGAUUGCUAGAGAGCUAUUAUAUGGUGGUACUUCUCCUACUGCUGAGACCAUAUUAAAAAAUAACAACUCAUCAGGCCAUGUGCCCCACGGACCACUUACCAGGCCCUCUGAACAGCUGGACUAUCUUUCCAAUGUUCAAGGAAUCCAGGUUGAAUAUAAAGACUUUCCAAAAAAUAACAAGAACGAGUUUGUGUCUCUUAUAAACUGUUCCUCUCAGCCACCACUGAUCAGCCAUGGAAUUGGAAAGGAUGUAGAGUCUUGUCACGAUAUGGCUGCAUUGAACAUUUUGAAGUUGCUGUCUGAGCUGGACCAACAAAACACAGAGAUGCCAAGAACAGGAAAUGGACCAAUGUCUGUAGAAGUUAAAAUACCAAGGGCUGUUACCUUCCUGAGAAGGACGAGAGGAUGUGUGAAACAAGAAAUGGAAAGUGACCCUCUUCUCAAACCGGCUAACUCAAACACUUUGGGACAAACACUGGACAGCACUGCCUAAAAAGGCUUUUGACUGGACCCAAACAUGAAAGCACCAGAGAAAAUCAAAUGCUUCCUAUUAAUGUAACCUGUUUUAGAGUGCUACAGUCUUUACGACCUACUGUAGUGUCUAAAUCAUAACUGUUGCUUUUUCUUCAAACAGUGAUAAAUUUUUUAGUUUCAUUAUGUUGUUUUGAUUGAAAUGACACUAUAAAUUUUUCAUUUAAAAGUUUCUUAAUUGUAUCUAGGACAAUAGCACAGUUUAGAAACUUUGUCUUCUGAGACUGACGUUAUCUGUGAACUAACUUGGGAAGAUCAUAUCCAUGUAUGUGGUUAUUUUGCUUUUAUUGAAAUAGAAAGUUUCUCUGCAAACAAAUUGUGUGCCCACUAUUUUUAAGAACUCCAGUAUUUUCUCAAACCUGGUGUAAUUACCCAAUGGUUGAAUGAAUUAUAACAAUUCAGGAAUUUUAAACUUUGAUCAUAUUUGGUUAAUUUCUAGUUUUGUUGAGUUAGGGGUAUGGGAACUUGAAUGCAACGUGACUGUAAGUGAUCUCUGAUCUGUGUUUUAGAGACUGUGUGUAUAGAUGACACACAGCUCACUACAUUACAGGAUAUGAUCUCAAUGUAUAAAACCGCAGAUUGAUUUUCCUUGAGUGCUUUAUACUGUUUAAUUACAUCUCCAUGUAGGGCUGAAAAAAAUUACCUAUGUUUAUAUAUAAACUGUGUUGCUUUUGAUGUUGUGUUAUUGCGCACUGAACUGUGUGCAAUAAAGUAUUUGCAUAUGGUCCAGGUAAAGCACGAUAGCCUUGCAAGUUAAGUACUGCUUCAGUUCAUUGUUUACGCUGGAAUUUUUUCUCCCCAUGGAAUGUAAGUAAAACGUAGUGUUUGUCACCAAUAAAUGGUAAUACUAAAUUU